AUGAAGUAUUGUGUAUGCUCUUUAAUUUACUUGACGAUACUUUUUGCAUCAUGGUCUGUCGCCGGCGAAAUGCUCAAGGUAGGCUUUCGUGUGAAAAGAGGAGAUACUAUUGGUGAUAUGUCUGAAAGCACUGAUGAGGAAGUGUUUGUCAAGCGAGCUAAGGACGAAGUUACAGCUGAGUUGCAAAAUAAAAGAACAUUCUAUUUAGCAGAGAUUAAGAUUGGCUCUAAAAAGGAGAAGUUAUCUGCAUUGUUAGAUACUGGCUCAUCAGAUCUUUGGGUCAUGGGGCAUAAUAUUAAAUGUCAAACAAUCCUUAAAAUUUACAAAAGAAUGCACAAUGACUUUGAAGGAAAUGGGGUCGUUGAAAGAGAGGAGCAGCAAAAUGAAUAUGAUGAUACAUCUGAUUCGGAUAUCUACUCGAGCUAUAAUUAUCCCUACGAAUCAUAUUUUUACGGUUCUUAUUAUGAAUCACUUACUGGUGAGAUCUCUGGACUGAGCAAGGCCCUUUUGAGUGCGAUACAACCGCCUACUACAACUUAUUCCCAUGAAAUUGGCUACAGUACGAAAUAUACCUCUGCUUCCACCUGUACUAGUUUCGGUUCAUUUAAUACUGCUAACUCGGAUACCUAUAAAAGAAACAAUUCAGCUCCAGAUUUUUCCAUAACUUAUGCAGAUUAUUCCAAUGCGGAUGGUGUUUGGGGCUCUGAUGAUGUCGAAAUUGGAGGCCAAUCUUUAAAGUCGUUGGUAUUUGCUGUUGCUAAUAGGACAACUUCUCAUAUUUCUGUCUUGGGAAUAGGCUUACCCCAAUUGGAAAUAACCAAUAGUUACCUCAAUGGUUUAGAUGCAUACGAGUAUGAAAACUUACCGAUGAAGUUAAAGAGCCAGGGACUCAUCAAUAAAGUUGCAUACUCAUUAUAUCUAGCAGAUGCCGAAUCAAAGAACGGUACUGUUUUAUUUGGAGCGGUAGACCACGCGAAAUACACUGGACCUUUAGAGACAGUUCCUAUUAUAUCGACUUACAGCUAUGAAGAAGACUUGUCGAGAAUUACAAUAAUGCUUACUUCUAUGACUUUUGACAGUGGUAAGGAGAAAACAAACAUAAAUGGAGGUUACAGAGCACUAUUAGAUAGUGGCUCAACGUUAACUUAUUUUCCUCCAACGUUACUUUAUCAGAUAGGUUCCAUGUUAAAUGGGAUUUGGGACCUAUCCAUGGUGACAUACAGAGUGAAUUGCACCCAUGAUUCAAAUGUUGCAUUUGUAUUCAACUUCAGUGGCAAAACGAUACGUGUACCUCUCUCGAACCUUUUGAUUAGAUCUCUGGAGGACUAUUGCUACCUUGGGAUCAUUGAGAGUAGUGAAUAUUUGAUCUUCGGAGACAAUUUCUUGAGAAGUGCGUACAUAGUGUACGACUUGGAGGACGAAGAAGUAUCUUUGGCACAGGCCAAGUACACAGACGAUGAGGACAUAGAGAUUAUUACAUCAUCCAUACCGGGAGUCACAAGAGCAGCAAAAUACAAUUCUACGACAAUGAGAUAUCAGACAUAUGAGCUGCUUCCAGUCGUAUCUUACCUGACUGGAGUAUUGACAGGCUCUGGUUGGAGUCCGUUUACAUCAGCGGAUGGUGGCAGUGGCAGUGGUUCGAAGGGCAACGGUGCUCUGCAAGAGUCUCCUUCUUCACUCAGAAUCAUUGUCUUAUUUACUUUGCUGAUUUCGUUUUUCACAUUUACGUGGCUCUAA